UUUCCUUAAAAUUAAAUUUUUAUAAUAAUGUAUAGACAAACUCUUGUAUUAUUCUUAAUCACUCUUUUCUUAGCAUCAACUAUAACUGUUGAUGCUCGCAAACCCUGCACUAUUACUAAAACUAGCUCUGAUACAAUAACUAUCAGUACAACCUGCUCAUCCACUCCCACACCUCAACAAAUUCAUCAAGGAAAGAAGAAACAUCAAAAAAGACAAGAACAAGAUUGUAAUUUUAAACGCAACAAAAAAAUUGUUACCAUUACACCUACAACCACCGUAUGCACUACUUCAACUCCUGUUUGUACACUUCCUGGUGGAACAUGCGAUAUUAAGAAUCCGGAAGCAUGUUGUUCUCAGAAAUGUUCUAUUCAAAACGAUGGCUCGUUUGCUUGCUGCGCUAAAAUCGGUAAUAAAUUUGAAUGUGAUACGAAGUUGAAAGAUAUCUUAUUUAUACAUAAUUAAUUGUUUCUUCAAAUAAAACUUUUUUUUGAUAAACUCUUAUAAUAUCAUUUUAAUCACCAGACUUUAAAAAAAUUUUUUAAUUAAUUAGAGUAAUUAGAAUAAUUGGAAUUCGAGCUUUCUCUUUUAAUUGAUAGAUGUAUAUUUUAUUUCAUGUGUAUUUAUCAGAAUAUUAUAUAUUUUUAAGCGAUUCUUUUUGGGAUUGUAGAAUUGUAAAAUCUUAACCAUUUUCAUAUAAAAUAUUAAA